UGCCGAGCCACCCGACACGCUUGGAACUCUGCCUAAGAGUCGUUGAGCGUACACGAGUGUUGUUUGUUUUGUGUUCAGAACGUUGGUUCACCCCUGUAAGGAGUCCUGAAGCAGUCGGCAUUAUUACGCAACAUGGUCCGGUUAUCAUUUGCCCACGUUCUGCUAAUGUCUGUGUGUUCAAUUCCGUUCGUCUCAGGUAGACAGAUGAGUGCUGGCAUGGACAGACGGGAAUGGGAGUCAUGUGCGUCGCAUCUUGUUAACGCUGCCAUGUCGGGCAUCCGCGACAAAGAUGACCUCACUUACGGACACGUCACCUUUUUGAUCCGGGGACGUCUGGACCAGAGCCACGUGCCCGAGCAUUCUGCAGGGAGCGGAGGCGAGUGGUUGUCUAGGCUUCUCACAAGACUUGACGUGCCAUGGGCAAUCUUCACGGAUGACAUGCGAUGGCCCGUAGUCGCUGCACAUGGUUUGGCCGUGAUCAGCCUGUCUGAAGGGGAUGUGGUGGCUAAACUACGUCGCGCUCUUCUCCGAAUUCAGAGAGACCCCUGGCUCAAGCUUCUUGUUUGGCUUGAAGACCCAGGAGAGGUUCUCGAAAACCAGGAGGCUACAGCUCUUUUGGAAGCUGCGCGCGUCUUGGAAUAUUGGCGAGUCGUAGUAGCCGUACCGCGUAUGCACGGACGGGUUGAUGUGUAUGGUUAUCACCCACGUGGGCCGAACUGCCAAUUAAACCAUGCCCAUUUGGUCAGUUCAUGUACCGCAGAGAGAAGUCCGUCAGGCACCGUGUGGCUCGUCCCUGUCACCCGACUCUUUUUGCCGCUGACUUCGCCAUUGCCUGACCUACGUGGCUGCCCGCUGCGAGUCACAAGCCUCACGGUUCCCCCAAUGGUCGUCACGGAGCCUCCUCGCGCGACGACUGCUUUGGACCCCGCUUUGGGGGUCGGCCCGUGUACGUCUCAAAGAGUAGGGGACACUUGCGUGCGAAUGGGUGGCAUCCUAGGAGCAUUCGUCACCAUUAUGGCCGAACGCUACAACUUCACAUCUCUCGUCCACUUCAGCACCGAUGAGCUUCCCGCGAGGGAACAAAUAGAAAACGAGAAAGUGAUUGCUGCCUUUGUGUACGAGUUGGUCGCGAACAAGACGGAUAUGACUGUUCUGCUGGCCACACUAACAGAAAAUAGACUGCGUUACAUCGAGGCCGUAAGCCAUAGUCGCCUUACCUGCUUUACGUGGACAGUACCAAAGGGUGCUGGGCGUGCACCAAACGCUCUUCGGCUAAUUGUGGACGAGUUCUCUGAUCAAGUGUGGCUUACACUUGGUGUCUCCGUCUGCGUCUGUAGUGGUUUUCUGCUAGCAGCUGAAGGGCGCAGUUCGUUUCGUGACAUAUCUCAAGUUCUUUUCAUGUUUGUCGGCAUCCUUUCUGGGAAUUCAAUAUCGGUGCACUGGGUAAGGUCUGCGCCAGGUUACGAUACACUAAAGCGAGGUUACAGCUCAAAAUUCGUACUAGCCACUUUCCUGCUAGCCUCAUUUUUCCUGACCGCAUUCUACCACACGGAGCUUGUCGUCAGGGUAACGCAUCCAAAGCUAUGGUCAGAUAUUCAGACCGCCGCAGAGGUUCUGGACUCAGACCUACACCUUAACAUGCCUGAGGUGGCUCUAACGUUGCUUCGCAACGACCAGGACGUGCAUCACCGACUUCUAGAUCACAUCGGCCCGUCCAGCUCACUGGCAACCAAGAGUUACGCAGCAGCUUUUGAGGACAGCUUUUUGGCGGGUCUUGUAACUCGACACGAUUCCGCUAUGCUCGAAAACAUUGACGUGUACAAUUUUUACCGAUCCGUCGUACAGCGCCGGGACGGCACGUGCCCUCUGCACGGUGUAAAGGGCUGCUACGCGACAUAUCUUGAGAGUCCUGUCCUGUUCAGGCGUGGACACCCACUCUUGCCAGGCACAUCCAGGUUGUGGCUACGUUUCCUUGAGACAGGGCUGUUUGCUCGGUGGUACGGGCUCUUCGUGGUUCCACAAGCUUCUUGUCCGAUCUAUCCACGCCCUCUUCGGCUGCAAAAUUUGGAACCAGCUUUCUAUAUGCUGUUCUGUGGUUUUGUACUUUCGGCGGCGUCGUUUGCUUGGGAAAAAGUUCUGGCGGAGUAUCGCCCUCUUGUUUGAGGUCCACGAUGGCGGACAUUCCUUGUAACAAUCUUGUCUCUCACACAUGAAUUGUCAAUAAAUGAAAUCU